GCCCAGCUCCUGCGCAGAACUUCCACAUGGCUGAGUUUGAUCUGAUGGCUCCAGGGCCUCUGCCCGGGGUCCCCGCUCACCCUCCGGCCACUCUCAGCCCAGACUCUGGGUUGGCCAGCCCAGCAGAAGGAGAGGGCACAGCCUCCCUGGGGAGCUCCCCGGGGGAGAGCUGGGGACAGAGCCGUGGCUCUGCCUGGCAGGGGCGUCCUGGGGCGGAGGUGGAGGAGGAGGAGGAGGUCCUGUGCGACUUCUGCCUCGGGGCCAACAGGGUGAGGGCCGUGAAGUCCUGCCUGACCUGCAUGGUGAACUACUGCCCAGAGCACCUGCGGCCACACCAGGAGAACAGCAGGCUGCAGGGCCACCAGCUGGCAGAGCCCGUGAAGGACCGGGACCUGCUCGUGUGCCUGGCCCACCGCAGCCCGCUGGUUGCCUUCUGCUGCCCCGAUGGGCAGUGCAUCUGCCAGGAGUGCGGCCGGGCCGAGCACAGGGGCCAUGCCUCUGUCUCCCUCGAUGCCGCUCACAGGGACAAGGAGGCUGAGCUUCGGAGCACCCAGUUAGACCUGGAGCGGAAACUCAAGUUGAAUGAAGACGCCAUCGCCAGGCUCCAAGCCAACCAUAAAUCCGUUCUGGUGUCGGUGUCGGAGGUAAAGGCGGUGGCGAAGGAGCAGUUUGGGGAUCUCCUUGCUGCCAUGAGGAAGGCCCAGGCUGACGUGAUGCUCUUCUUGGAGGAGAAGGAGCAAGCUGCCCUGGGCCAGGCCAAUGGCAUCAAGACCCACCUGGAGUACAGGAGCGCAGAGAUGGAGAAGACCAGGCAGGAGCUGGACAGAAUCGCUGCCAUCGGCAGCCCCGUGCUUUUCCUGGAGGAGUACUGCAAGUUCAAGAACAUGAAGGAUGAUGCUUUCCCCAGUGUCUACAUUGGACUCAAGGACAAGCUCUCGGGCAUCCACAAGGUUAUCACGGACUCCACCGCACACCUGAUCCAGUUGCUGCAGAACUACAAGGAGAAGCUCCAGGAGUUCUCCAAGGAGGAGGAGUACGACAUCGGAACUCAGGUGUGUGCCUUCACUGAACACAAACACUGGACCUCGGAACCCGAGCCCAGCACCAGGCAGCAGUUCCUCCAGUAUGCCUGUGACAUUGCCUUCGACCCCGACACGGCACACAGGUACCUCCGGCUGCAGGAGGACAACCGCAAGGUCACCAACACCACGCCCUGGGCGCACCCGUACCCGGACCUCCCCAGCAGGUUCACACACUGGCGGCAGGUGCUGGCCCAGCAGAGCCUCUACCUGCACAGGUACUACUUCGAGGUGGAGCUCUCCGGGGCGGGCAUCUACGUGGGCCUGACGUGCCAGGGCAUCGACCGAAAGGGCGAGGAACGCAACGGUUGCAUUUCCGGAAACAACUUCUCCUGGAGCCUCCAGUGGGAUGGCAAAGGGUUCACGGCCUGGCACAGUGACACGGAGACCCCACUCAGGGCCCGCCCUUGUCAGAGGCUGGGGGUCUACGUGGACUUCCCCGGAGGCGUCCUCUCCUUCUACGGCGUUGAGCCGGAGGCCAUGACGCUGGUGCACCGGUUCGACUGUAAGUUUUCGGAGCCCGUCUACCCAGCCUUCUGGCUUUCCAAGAAGGACAACGCCAUCCGGAUUGCGGAUCUGGGAGAGGAACCCGAGAAGCCGGCACCGACCCCGGUGGAGCCCAUGGGGAAGCUGUGGUUCAGGUGGGGGUCAGUGAACUUGCUCAGGUUCAUCGUGGUCACGUGGUCAGGUGCUGGGUGGGAACCAGCAGAACCUCAGGUGCACGUCAUUGGGCAGGACAGUGGAGCCGAUGGGGGUACAGCAGCCGUGCCUUCUGGGGCUCGCUACACCAUGCAGGGGGCCGGCAAAGGAGCUGGUCAUCUCGGGACCAUGGAAAACAUGGAAUCGAGGCUCAAGAAUGUCCCUUAUUUUCGAUGUGAGAAGGGGAACAAUUCCGUCCCCGUGUGCCGGAAGUGUGAGACGUGUGUCCUGGCCUGGAAGAUCUUCUCCACCAAAGAGUGGUUCCGAAGGGUGGGCAGGAUGUCCCAGAGGAGGUUUCUGGUCAGCAUGCUGCAGCAGCUGGACAGCCUGUAUUUGUUACACUAUUUUCAAAAUAUCCUUCAGACCACGCAGGGGAAGGAUUUUGUCUACCACAGGUCCCGGGUCAACCUCAGCAAGAAGGAGGGGAAAAUCGUCAAGUCCUCCUUGAACCAAACGCUGGACGAGACGGUGGAGCAGAAGAUGAGGGGGAUUUUGCACUGGUUUGGGAACAGCAGCUCCCGGACGAAGGCGAAUUACACGCUCCUGCUGCUGCAGAUGUGCGACCCCGAGCUACUGCUCACUGCCGCUGAUGUCGUCAGAGCCCUGCUUCUGAGAGGGCGGAACGGUGCCUCAGGGAACGACCCAGACUCCAAGGAUGUGUUUUUCUUCCCUGAGAAAGGCCACACGCCCCCGUUCGAGACCUCACAAGUCUGCUGGGCAGCAAGACCCGGGCACACAUCCUUCCCGUUGUCCAAAACUACAGGAAAAGCAAACUUGCACGAAAAUGUGUGGUGCGGAGCAGCCACUACUGAAGGACAGUGGAAGAGUUCACUCCAGUAUAUUUCCGAGAUGAAUAGGCUGUCUUCUGAAAAAGCAAGCGUGUCCAAAGCAGGCUCGGCUCCCGCCGCCGAUGUGCUGGUGGAUCUGGAGGCCGUCAGAGAGCUGUCUUCUGGGGUCAGCAGAUACCGCGACUUCAUCCGUCACCUGCCCGCCCACCUCUCCAAGUCUAUCCUCAGUAUGCUGGAUAAGAACAGCCUGAACAGAUGUGUGUUUGUGAGCCAGCACUGGGCAGUGCUGGCGCAGCAGGUCAGGACCGACAUGUCCAUGCACUCUUUCAUCCAGCACCAGAUCACCUUCCUGCAGGGGUCCUACACCAGGGGAAUAGACCCUAAUUACGCCAACAAGGUUACUAUCCCAGUUCCUAAGAUGGCAGAUGACAGGAAGCACCUACGCGUGAAAAAUCAGAAAUGGAAACUGAGAACGAAGAAUGACUACGACCUGUGGACCGCAUACCAGAACGAGGAAACUCAGCAGGUGCAGAUGGAGGAGAGGAAUGUCUUCUGUGGCACUUACAACAUCCGCAUUCUCUCUGACAUGUGGGACCAAAACAGAGUCAUCCACUAUUCUGGGGGAGAUUUGUUAGCUAUGUCGUCCAAUCGGAAGAUCCAACUUCUGGACAUCAUACACAUAAAGCAGAUACCCAUCAAGUUCCGAGGCCACACUGGGAGUGUCCGUACCCUCUUCCUGUGUGAGGAGGAAAACUUUCUCCUGAGCGGGAGUUAUGACCUGAGUAUCAGAUACUGGGAUCUGAACAGUGGGGCUUGCAUACGCAUCUUCAGUGGCCACCAGGGGACUAUCACUUGCAUGGACGUGUGUAAGAACAAGCUCGCAUCUGGAGCAAAAGAUUGCCAGGUAAAAGAGUGGGAUAUAGAGACAGGAAAGUGCCUGAAGACCUUUAAACACAAAGACCCCAUCCUGGCCACCAGGAUCAAUGACACGUACAUCGUGAGCAGCUGUGAGAAAGGGCUGGUCAAAGUGUGGCACGUCAUCACGGCCCAGCUGGUGAAGACGCUCAACGGCCAUGAGGGAGCUGUGAAGUGUCUGUGCUUCGACCAGUGGCAUCUCCUGUCGGGAAGCGCUGACGGCCUGGUGAUGGCCUGGAGCAUGGUGGGAAAGUACGAGCGGUGCCUCAUGGCCUUCAAGCAUCCAAAGAUGGUGAUCAACACGGAGAGCAAUGUCCUCAUGUUCCAGUUUGAGAAUAUCAAGUGGCAGUACUCCCUGGAACGGGCCAAGCAAAAGAAGAAGGACAAAGAGGAGGACAGCAAAGAAAACGGCCUCGCAGAAGUUCUCUCCAAGUCGAGCACUCAGAUUUACAGCCCUCAGGAAUCCACAUCUAGCAAACAGACAGCCCAGGAGUCCCUGUUCAGCAAAUCUCACAGGUCCCAAGUUCUCCUGAGGGCAUCCAGGUUACCUACAGGAGUGUUAACGGAGGCACCUCUAAGUCAAGGAAAGCCAAAGUCACCCCGAAGAGAUGGCAGGAAGAGACCGAGUUCUAGGGAAGCAAAUGGCACGGGCACCGAGCAAGAGAAUUUGGAAGCAAAACCCCUCGCCGGAGAUAAGAACGCAGAUGAUGUGGAGGAAAUACCAAAACAAGGACAACUGGGAACUUUGGGAGAGUUGAUCAGUUGCUCAAAGAAGAAGUCCUGGUGCAUCCCUAUGUCACCUGACCAGCUCCUCCUGACUGUGAAUGCCCUGCAGAAAGCCCAUAAUUCUGGGGAGUUUGCCUGUCCCCGGAGGCCCCAAACCCAGGUCAUCGAUGCCUGGGGACCUUCCAUUUCAUACCCAAGGAAGGUCCUGAGUUUGAAGGGACAAUCGGUCCAACAUGCAAUAGAUCGGUUGAGAUUGAGCAACCCUCCCAUAGACGUGAAACAAACCAGUAUUCCCCUUGAAAUCCAGAAGCUUCAGCCUAACCUAAAGAACUCCGUGCACAGCCCCAGAGUCCAGUCUACCAUCCCCCAGCCGGUGCUCAUCUGCCCCAGGUUCUCUGGCAGCUUAAAGGGUGAAGACCCAGCAACCAGUUCAGCUGAUGGGGCAGUGCGCAGCUUCAGCCCCUUAACCAGCACACAGGUCAUCAAACCAAACCACAUGCUGGCUCCGCCGAUGGGCACGACGGCCCAGGCUGCCAAGAAAGAUCGGCCCCGCUUCUACACGGCCCUCGACCCCUUCAGAGUGAACACGGAGUUCAUGCUGCUGACUGUGAAGGAGGAGAAAGAGUACGAGGAGGCCAAGAGGAAGGAGUUUCAGGCCAUAAAGCCGGCUGGAGUGGUUGAUCCAGAAAAAGCGAGCAGAGCUGCAUGGAUCAGGAAGAUCAGAGGCCUGCCCAUAGAUAAUUUCACGAAGCAAGGAAAAACAGCAGCCCCUGAACUUGGACAAAACGUAUUUAUCUGAACCAUCCUUGGGAAAUUACAGUGUCUUAAAUAAACAAAAAACCAAGUGGA